UGAUACUAUUCCUUUGCCCCAUCAUGCACCUGCUAGAAAUUGGAAGAGGAAAACUCCCACUUAUGAACGGCGUAAUGAGUCUUCGUCGAUUGAUGGAAAGCCUAGAAUUGCAUCCAAAACGAUCAGCACCUGCCAUGGAAGAUCACUCUCAAAACUCCAAGGAAUCAGAAUCAGAAAUGACCUCCAAGGACAACCUCGUCAAAAAAGAUGCCACUGAGUCACAUGAUGAUGAGUCUUUGCAGAAUCUUGGGAAGCCUGGAAAUGAAGGAGCUGGUGCUGAUGGUGAUGCUGAUGCUGAUGCUGCGGUUGAAGCAUGGAUAGACAGUCUAACGUUCCAGAUUCUUCAUCAGUGUCCAGAGAAGUCACAAUGCCUGUCAGCGUCAAAGACGUGAUGCAGCUGCUCUGCCAUGUUUCUGAAAAUCGAAAAAUGAAAGCAGCCUUCAAGCACUCCGGACGAGGCGCUGUGGUGGCGGGAGUGACGGCUUUCUUGGGAGGUUUGAUGGGAGGCCCACCUGGCAUUGCUGUUGGAGGUGCUGUUGGUGGCUUGCUUGGGGCCUGGAUGGCCUCGGGACAGUUCAAGCCCGUUCCUCAGAUUAUCCUGGAACUGCCUCCUGCGGAACAGCAACGGCUUUACAAAGACGUCUGUGCCAUUAUUCAGAAUCUGGACUGGACCGACGUAGCCCAAUUCAAAGCCUUCGUCAUGGCCAGUGAUUCCCUUCAAGAGAAAUUGCUUGGUGUCCUGACAAGCUAUAUCAUUAAUGAACUCCAAGGGAAGAUCCAGUAUGGAAACUAGACGCAGAUGUGUGUUUCGGGGGGUCGUGAGUGCCCUUAACUCCCCUUCUGACCCUUUUCUCUGGCAUUUUAGAUUUCUUAAGAUCAUGGUUUUUAUAGGAAUAACAAGAUGGCAACCAUGCAUUUUUUCUUUAACCCCAAAUAAUCUGUUUUGGGAAAAUGAACAAGGCAAGCUUUGGUUUGCCCAUACUGAUUUUUGUUUUCUUUUUUUUUCAUAAUUAAUCCCUAUUUCAAUAGCCCAGGGUAGAUGUGUUUGAGCUUCGAUGUUUACUGUCUUUAUUUAAAAAUAUAUUUAUGCCACCCCAAAAAUUGGAUUUGGAGUGCCUUGCUGAGUAAGUAUCUCUCAUUCAUCGGACCUCCUUAAGCAGCGGCCUCUGUAACAGUGACGCCAUCAAAGAAAAUGCCACUGUUGCAUACUUGCAUUGUGGUCAAGGAUGUAACUCAUGGUGUUGGUACUAUGAUGACAUCACUAUUUGCUGUUCUUUGAUAUGCAUCAUCCUAGAUGAUUUUUUUUUUAAUUUGCAUUUAUAUCCUGGCCUUCUCCAAAGACUCAGGGCGGCUUACACUAUGUCAAGCAAUAGUCUUCAUCCAUUUGUAUAUUAUAUACAAAGUCAACUUAUUGCUCCCAACAAUCUGGGUCCUCAUUUUACCUACCUUAUAAAGGAUGGAAGGCUGAGUCAACCUUGGGCCUGGUGGGACUUGAACCUGGAGUAAUUGCAAGCAGCUGCUGUUAAUAACAGACUGCAUUAGUCUGUUGAGCCACCAGAGGCUGCACAGGUAUCAUCAGCCUUUCCUUCCCAGUUACAAGGAUGGGAUCUAUGACCAAUUGUCCUACCCAGAUAUGUUGUUUGGGUGAGAAAGACAGGCUGGUGGAUAACAUAUCUUCAGGAUGCCAAGUUGGAGAAACCUAAUAUAGAUAACUGCACUGUGAUUGAACUACACGAUGUCCUCUUGGCCACAUUAGAACGAUCAACGUCAAACUACUUGGAAUUUCUCAGACGGGGAGUUUCACUUAUCCACUUAUCUCUUUCUGCCUUAAUUUUGAGACAGUGAAGGAGUUAAAAGUUGAAAUAGUUUGGAACCAAAAAAUGAUUCAUCUUCUCAGAAGAUAAAAUGUAAAUAAAGCUGAAUUUUAAUUUGUGAACUGCCAAGGUUGUAUGAUCCUUAUUCCCCUUCCUUUUAGAGAUGCUAAACUUGGGUUUCCUGAACUCCAAGUUGGCUUCAGUUGAGAACAUUUUAACAGGAGGAGAUAAGGAAGAAAGAUCUGGGAGUAACAAAGAAUAUUAAAAGUCCAACAUUCAGGUUUUAUAGUUUGGGGUUUUAAAAAAAAAAAACAAAUGAAAAUACAGGUAGUCCUCAACUUACAACAGUUCAUUUAGUGACUAUUCAAAGUCACAAGGGCACUGAAAAAGUGACACAUGACCAUUUUCACUGAACGACCAUUGCAGCAUCCCCAUGGUCACGUGAUCAAAACUCCAGAAGCUUGGCAACUGACUCAUAUUUAUGACGGUUGCAGUGUCCCAGGGUCACGUGAUCCCCUUUUGUGACCUUCUGACAAGCAAAGUCAAUGGGGGAAAAGCCAGAUUCACUGAACAACCGUGUUACUAAUUUAACAGCUGUGCCAAGAAAGGCUGUACAAUGGAGCAAAAUUCACUUAGCAAAUGUUUCACAUAAGUUGUGGUAAGUGGCUCGGUUGUGGUGGUAAGUCAAGGACUACCUGUCAUAGAAAUCGAGCAGUGAAAAAUGGUCUUUCGCAUUGUCUCAUACAAGAAAUUGGGGGACGGGGAAGACAUCUUCAUAAAGGGAGAUAUGAUUGUUGUUGUUAGUUGCGAAGUCGUGUCCGACCCAUCGCGACCCCAUGGACAAUGUUCCUCUAGGACUUCCUGUCCUCCACCACCCUCCAGAGUCCAUCCAAGCUCACGCCAACUGCUUCAGUGACUCCAUCCAGUCAUCUCGUUCUCUAUCGUCCUGUUCUUCUUUUGCCCUCAAUCUUUCCCAGCAUUAGGCUCUUCUCCAGUGAGUCCUUCCUUCUCAUUAGGUGGCCAAAGUAUUUUGAGUUUUAUCUUCAGGAUCUGGCCUUCUAAAGAGCAGCCAGGGUUGAGCUCCUCUAGGACUGACUGGUUGGCCUUGCAGUCCAAGGGACUCGCAGGAGUCUUUCUCCAGCACCAGAGUUCAAAGGCCUCAAUUCUUUGACGCUCAGCCUUCCUUAUGGUCCAACUUUCACAGCCAUACAUUGCAACUGGGAAAAGCAUAGCCUUGACUAUACACACUUUUGUUGGCAGGGCGAUGUCUCUGCUUUUUAGUACGCUGAGACAUAUGAUGGGACAAUGAAAACAUUGAAAACUGAUUAAGGGAGCAUUAGGUGGGGAUGGUAGCCUUGUAGAUAAAUUUGGCGGUAGGAACAUUGGAACUAAGGGAGAAUAAUACCGUGUUGCGCAAUCAAUCCUUUUUGUAAAAUGGAGAGCAAACAUCACAACAAGUUUGGUAAGUUAAUAAUCAUGUUUAUCUUGUUUAAAGUCCACUGUACAGGAGGUAUGUCUGCAUUCAGGGGUGGGUGGCCAUCCAAACGUCUUAAGCAUCAUUCCUAAAACAUAGGAAAAACAGUUGCAGGAAUCGGGUACGUCUAGUCUAGUGAAAAGAAGGAGUAGGAAUGACAUAACAAGUGUUCCAAUAUUUGAGGGGCUGCCCCAGAGAAGAGAGGGUCAACCUAUUCUCCAAGGCACCUGAAGGCAGGACAAGAAGCAAUGGGUGGAAACUAACCAAGGAGAGAAGCAACCUAGAACUGAGCAGAGAUUUCCUGAUGGUGAGGACAAUUAACCAGUGGAACAGCUUGCCUUCAGGGGAAAAAAAAAGUCAGUUACCUGUUAUCUUUCACCCAUCGUGACAUCACUUCCACACAGCUUUAACCCCAUUUGCUGAAUUAAUUCAUUUUUGGUUUUUGUAGAAUACAUCCAAACUCUGUAAACCCACAAGAGUCUCAACACUACACAAAAGACAAGACACCUGUUCUCCUUUCAGCCUUAGCUUGCUGCGCACAGUGUGGCUAGCUGAUCUGAUUACUGAUAAGUUGUACAUAGGCCUGCCUCCUUUCAUCAGCAGCUUCAGCCUUCAACUCUCAAGAGACAAUUUCCGAUUUUUUUCUUCUUUUGGUUUUUGUUCUGCACAAAGCCACAUUUUCUACCCAACGAUCACCUUUGUGUGUGUGUGUGUGUGUGUGUGUGUGUGUGUGUGUGUGUGUGUGUGUGUAGGGAGGAGAUGCUCAUCUUAAGUGCGCUGCUUUUUUUCUACGAUUUGAUCGCGUGUGCAUAGAGGAUGCAUUUGAUGCAUUUGUCUUUGACAUGGCAAGAGAUAGCCACGGGACGUGCCAUCCUGUGGCAAGCCUUUUUAAUUAUGGUUUGCCACAGGGUGGCGCAUUUAAAAAAAAAAAAGCAGCAUUGCAAAAUACAAGAAAGUUUGAAUGGGUUUCCAAGAGAUACUACGGUAUCUUGCAUCUAAAUAAGACCAUGCCUUGAUUUUGCAAAAGCGGUGCAUGGGCCAAGUUUUAUGCAUUUGCCCUCUACCAUCCUAGGAACAUCCCAAAGGUGGAUUUUUUUUUCUUCAAAAGGCAACUAAACUUUCUUGAUUUUGUCCCCCCCACCCCCAAGCUUUGGAAAUGUUUCACUUCUCAUCCAAGAAUCUUCUUCGCUUCUCGGUGGGAGGUAAAGAAGUUAAAAAAAACCCCACAAAUAUUGUUGAAUUCAUUGGUGUGGUUGGUCCAAUACCGUUGCAAUUGGAAUAGGAUGUUCUGUUCCUCAUUAAAAUGUCAUUGUUGUGUUUUUUUUUUAAUGGACUGACUUGGGGAAAAAAAUAUUUCGACAUCAGUAAAAGAAAGGAUGGUCUGUUUUUAAUUUAUCUUUAGGAUUCUUGGCUUAUGAUUGAGAACGCAGUUGAACUGUCUCCUCAAUCAUAAUCCAACUGUGGGGUUCAAUCACAACUGAACCCCAGAGUUCAAGGAGGCAGUGGGUAAAGCAGGGUGACAAUUAUGGGAUGGAAGACCAAGAUGUUUGGAGGGUUUAUCUAGAUGGAAAGGCUGCUUUAGGGAAUUGGAGCAUGCAAGGACCAGCUAUGACAAAAUGAUUU